ACGAAGCCACAAGUGGAAACCACGAAUUCAACGAACUGGUUUCGAAGCUCAACCCGAUAAGUGCUCCAACAACGAUCCGAUUAUCUACGAUCAAUUCGCUUGAGGAACCAAUUCUUCGAGUAUGGAAGGAAUUCAGCGGCUAUCACACCGUCCUCCGCCGCUACCACUCGCCGGAAAAUGUCGCAGAACUGCUUCAUUUCAUACACCGAUGAUUCCAGUAAUUCGAUUUCAAUACAAUCCAAAUGUAAACCCCCAGUUUUGUCCAUCUAAAUCCGCCAUUAAAGUGCAUUUCAUCACGAAGAAAAGAGGUCUCGAUUCUUCUUCAAUCGCUCCACUUCGAGCCGGUUGGUUUCUAGGUUUAGGGGAGAAGAAGAAGAAUACUACAGAUUUACCGGAGAUUGUGAAAGCGGGUGACCCGGUUCUUCACGAACCCGCCCGAGAAGUAUCACCCGAUGAAAUCGGGUCGGAGCGUAUCCAGAAGAUUAUUGAUGAUAUGGUGAAGGCCAUGAGGGGAGCACCUGGCGUUGGCCUUGCUGCUCCCCAAAUUGGUAUUCCCUUAAAAAUUAUAGUGUUGGAGGACACUGAAGAAUACAUAGGGUAUGCACCAAAGGAAGAUAUCAAAUCACAAGAUAGACGUCCUUUUCCUCUUCUGGUGAUUAUAAACCCUAAUCUUCAAAAGAAGAGCAACAAAUCAGCACUGUUUUUUGAAGGCUGCUUGAGCAUUGAUGGAUAUAGAGCAUUGGUUGAAAGGUCCCUAGAUGUUGAGGUUACAGGCUUGGACCGAUACGGUCAACCGAUAAAGGUGACAGCUUCCGGCUGGCAAGCUCGUAUCUUACAACACGAAUGCGAUCAUCUAGCAGGAACGCUUUAUGUCGACAAGAUGAUCAAACGAACAUUCAGGAGUGCCGAGAACUUGCAGUUGCCGCUAGCUAAUGGUUGUCCUAAGCUCGGCGUUCGUUAGCAUCGUCAGAUGUUUUUGCCAAAUUUAGUCCAAUUUAUGGUGAUUAUGUAGAGGCUGAAUUGUAUUUUUGGAGGUAGAUGUUAAAUGUCAUUACUUGUGUACAAUCGAUUGCAAAAACCACAUGUAGGGUAGA